CUUAUCGACUGAUAUAUGACGUCGCCUUCGUUUUGUGGUGCACUGAAGUGACCUCCAAGAAUUGGAAUCUACUUGGGAUUUCGGUUUCGAAUUCAGACUUUAUGUUUUGAUGGUUGACUGGAUGAUUACAAAUUACUUUUGGAAGCAGUGCGGGAAAGGACGUCAACAGGUGGUAUGAGCUGGAAAUGCAACAGUUUUUAUCUUUCAGGGUCCACCUCUGAUCCACCAGUCUAUCGUAACCAGGUUAUCUGUUAGCAUACGCAUGGAGUGGACACUUUGAAUACCAGCUGCUGAACUCCUGCCAAUGCUCCGCAUGGGUUGUAUAAAUUCAUAUCAAAGGUCUUCUGGCCAAAGUUGAAGCUAACUGACCUUAGUAGGGCAAUGUCUGCGUUUCUGCAAUACUUGACCCAGUGAGUUCGAGUCGGAGCAAAUAAGUUUCACCACAGAUGUUCAGUUAGAUCAGUCUGGGUUACGCUGCAAAAUCAUGGGGACACACAGAAAUGGCCACAGAAAGGAAAGGUUUAUUCUAUCCGUGGACAUUGGAACAACUUCAAUCAGGUGCCAUGUCUAUGACAAAGAAGCGAAGAUUAGAGGAACAUGCACCACUAAGGUGUCUCUGUUGUAUCCUGAGCCAGGACGAGUGGAAAUGGACCCAGAGGAGCUUUGGCAGAGCUUUGUCACCGUGGUGAAAGGCGCAGUACAGGAUUCAGGCUUUCAGAUGCGGCAAAUGGAAGCAAUAGGAAUCUCAACACAGAGGGCUACCUUCACCACAUGGGACAGGUUAACCGGACGUGUGUUUCACAACUUCAUCAGUUGGCAAGACUUGAGAGCGGCUGAACUAGUUAAAUCAUGGAACCAAUCUUGCACAAUGAAGUUUGUCCAUGGGGCGAUGAAAGUGUUGCACCUCCUCACCAGACAGAAUAGAUUCCUGGCAGCCAGCCUCGUGGUGUUCUCUACCCAACACGUCUCUCUGCGUUUGGCUUGGAUGUUGUGCAAUUGCCCAGAGUUGAGUAAAGCUGUGGAUGGAAAUAAUUGCUGCUUUGGAACCAUCGACACUUGGCUGCUCUACAAACUGACAAAAGGGUCAGUUCAUGCAACUGAUUACUCGAAUGCAAGCACAACUGGAAUUUUUGAUUCAUACCAGAUGUGUUGGAGCAGUGUCCUGUGCUCACUCCUCUCUCUGCCUCUCUCCAUCCUCCCCAAAGUGCAGAAUACUAGCCACAACUUUGGUUCUUCUGACCCCUCCAUCUUUGGGGUUGCCAUACCAAUCAUGUCAGUUAUGGCAGAUCAGCAGGCGGCCAUGUUUGGUGAAUGCUGCUUUGACGUAGGUGACGUGAAAAUCACCAUGGGAACAGGGACUUUCAUGGACAUCAACACUGGGGCCAAACCACACACCUCCAUCGCUGGCCUCUAUCCUCUGGUUGGCUGGAAGAUCGGACACAAUGUAGUGUAUCUGGCAGAGGGCAAUGCUGCAGACACAGGCACCGCCAUCAAAUGGGCACAAGAGCUGGAGUUGUUCACUGAUGUGUGUGAGACAGAGGAAAUGGCCAACAGCGUAAAGGACUCUGAUGGAGUGUGUUUUGUCCCCUCCUUCAGUGGUUUGCAGGCUCCUCUUAAUGACCCAAGGGCUUGUGCAUCCUUCAUGGGCCUCAAGCCUUCCACCACUAAACACCACCUGGUGAGAGCCAUUUUAGAAUCCGUGGCAUUCAGGAACAAGCAGCUCUAUGAUAUUAUGCGAAGAGAAACACACAUUCCUAUUUCCAAAAUAAGGGCGGAUGGUGGGGUCUGUACCAAUGACUUUGUCAUGCAACUGACCGCUGACCUUUUGGGACUCAAGAUCGCAAGACCCAGUCAUUUCGACAUGUCUGCUUUGGGUGCAGCUUUUAUGGCAGGACUGGGAGUAGGCUUCUGGAACAGUCAGGAGGAGCUAAAGAUGCUGCUCUCUACAGACCAUCUCUUCCUGCCCCAGAAUGCGCUACAGGGAGUUGCCAGCCACUACAAGCCCAUCCUCCAGAGCUGGGAGAGGGCACUGCAGCGCUCUAUGCACUGGUACAGCAAGUCCUGAUGAUGUCAUGGAUUCAGAGCAGUACUGACUUCAUACCCCAGAGCCUCAGAGUUCUGCACCUUUUGCCUUUGUGCAUCUCUAUAAACUGGGUCGUGAAGGAACAUGUCCACUUCUCCUGUGGGCCACCAAUUGCCCUACACCAUUUAGGUAUAACCCUCAUGUAGUACACCUGGUCAUAAUCCUGUAUAGCAGAUUAUCCUGAGAGCCUUAGUAAACUGAAUCUGCUGCAUCAUAAUAAUGACUGUCAACAUAAGUGUAAUGGCUUUGCCAUAGAGGAGACUGUCUUUCAUUUUAAUCCCACGUGACCCCUUCAGAUGACGUCACCUCGAGUGCCUAAACACGGGUCACUUAUUGUCCCAUACCUUUUACACUCUCCAACCUACAGCAAUUUGCCACAUUUUUUUUCUUUAGAAUGAAUAAUGGAAUUUAAAAGCCAUACUAAUGACAUGAUGGCAAGAUGGCCAAUUGAGGCAUCUUGAUUUUAUUUAGCAUAUUUUUGUAACAAAAGUGCCUUUUGUAAUUUGUUGGGUAUGUGAUCAGGUUCUAUUGUGAGUAUUGUUUACAUGAGUGCUUCUUAAUCUUAAGUAUAAAUGCAGAUAGUUUUGGCAACUUUACAUUUUUAAUUCCCAUUCCACAGUGUUGCCACAAACCGAUGCGCUGACUGUAGAGUUUGUGUUAAGCCUAAACAACUCCUCUUAUUUCUGUCAUUGGCUCAUGGAAAAUCUGGAGUAUAUCGUCACAGUAUGACAUUGAAGUAAAUGAGAUGUUACCACAUCCAUGCCUUAUGUAUCAGGCAGCUCUCCUGACAAAGUAAUGGGGCUGUGGGGCCGUGUGCUUGCAAGCAAAGGUGGGUUUUCCAUUACAUUAUUCUGUUCUAUUAGAGUUUGGAUAUCAAAG